GACAGUUACAGAAUGUUAAAACUUUUUCGUCAAGUAGAACUUUAUGUAAAACUCCUGAUUGAUAUUAACUUCUGAAUUCUAUUAGCACUGCCAUAUAGCUACUUACCAAAUACAAACGUGACUGUUAAUAAAAUAGGUGUUUUGAUACUGUAUUAUGUAGUAAACUAUAUUCGUUAGGACGUAAAAACAAUGACUUGUUAUCUAAGCAACAUAAGCAAUUUAUUGAGUCGUAAAACACUAACUGAUAACAAUUGACUACUCAGUAUCUAACACUUGUGCAUUACACAGAAAUUAGCUGAGAGCAAGGUUGUAUUUUUUUUCAAUAUUAAGUCUUAUACUUAUCACAAGGUGAACUACAAUUUUGCCGUCGGAGUCGAGAUUACCACUAAAACAUGGCAAAAAUCAUAGUGAUUGGAUCAUGCAGUGUCGAUUUUACCACGUAUGCUCCAAGAUUGCCUAGCCCUGGGGAAACGCUGAUUGGAACAAAAUUUACAACUAGUUUUGGUGGAAAAGGAGCUAAUCAAUGUGUUGCAGCUGCAAAGUUAGGGGGAAAUACUUCUAUGAUUUGUAGAGUAGGAAAUGACCAAUGGGGUAAAUCAUAUUUAGAUCAUUUGAAACAAGCCGGUGUAGACACCACCUUUGUAAAACUCAUGCCAGAAGUUACAACUGGCAUUGCUCAAAUAUGUGUUGCUGAAAGUGGGGAAAAUCAGAUUGUUAUUGUACCUGGAGCCAAUGCCUAUCUUAAAAAGGAAGACGUUGAACAUUCUUCACAACUACUGACCACUGCUGAUGUUCUAAUUGGUCAAUUAGAGACACCAUUUGAAACUACAUUAGAAGCAUUCAAAUUAAAUAAAGGAAUAAAAAUAUUAAAUGCAGCACCUGCCAAAAGAGGAAUUGAAGAAAUUUUGCCAUAUUGUACAAUACUUUGUGUUAACGAGUCUGAGGCAUCCUUACUUACUGAUUGUGAUGUUACUAUUAAAAAUGCUGUAACUACUUUGAAGAAAUUACUUGAUUUUGGAUGUGAAACAGUAAUUAUAACAUUAGGAUCAGAGGGAGCUGUUUAUUUAUCUAAGAACAGUCAGCAACCAGUGCAUGUUUUGUGUGAACAAGUUGUACCAGUGGACACUACAGGGGCAGGUGACGCUUUUGUGGGAGCACUAGCAACAUUUUUGGUUCUCCAUAAAGAACAACCCAUUCAUCAAAUUGUGGGUGCAGCUUGUAGAGUGGCAACAUUGUCUGUCACUAAAGAAGGAACUCAAACAAGCUACCCUAAUAAGUUUAAUGCUUUUGAAAAGGAGUAUAAAUACAUAAAUCUGUAAAAAUAAUUAAGACAUUAUUUUUUUAUUUAGAAUUUAUUAAACACAUUUAGACUCAAGUAACUAGUCCAGCAAACAAUACUUACAAAGCCCAUUAAAUAAAUAUGUGCCUUUAACACAA